AUGUCUUGGAGAAAACCAAAAGUCCUUCAUUAAGAAAGUGGAAAUGGCUAUGAAAUAAGAGGAUUCACUGAACCAACUUUCAAAAGAGUUCCUCAUUGUCACAACGAUGAUGAUAUUGAUGUUGACAUUCCAAAUGGGGACCUUGAAUUUGGUAAGAAGAUGUACGGUUAAGCAUGUGCUGGUUGCCACGAUUUAGACAGUGAUCUUGAUCAAGGACCAGCAUUGAGAAAUUCUUAUUUGAGAAGAUUAGGAUCUAACAAGAAGUUUUCUAAUUAUGGAUGGGAUUUGAGAGCAAGAAGAUUAUAUUGGACAAGAAAAUUAUUGUGGGAUUUCUUAUAAAAUCCAGAGAAAAUGUUUUUGGAUACUAACAUGCAAUUUGAUGGAAUCCAAGAUCCAAGAACUCUAGGCAGUAUAAUCGACUACAUGUAAUAUUUAACAGUGUAUACUCACGAUCAUAGAGGAUCAAAAAGACCCAUCUUUUGAAACAGAAUCAAAUAUAUAUAUAAGCAUAGCAUUAAAAUUUUAAUAUAUCUUUUA